AUGUCGGAUAUUAAGUCUAGUCAGAAGGAUAAUGUCAGAAUCCACGGUCUCGAGCCAGCUCGCGUGAUAACGCCCGCGCCCCAGAACCAAAAUUUUAAAAGCGGCAUCUUCGCAUCUCGUGCAGGACCCUAUGGAUUCUCGUUAGAGUUUCCUCUUGGCGAUGGUCAAGUAAACGAGGAUGUUGGCAUUGGCGCGCGCUAUACUCGAGACGCUCGAUCUGAAAAGACGAUUUUAACUAAAUCGCAUAAUAUACAGGCCUAUUUUCCUCGGGGCCACACUACCAUCACCGUGCAAAGGCCGGGGAUAGGAUUCCUCGUGAUGUUUCCUAACGAGGAUUUGGAGCAAUACAGCUUCUUAUCUAUCCACUUACAAGGGAACAGCCAAAUCACAGUUAACGGAUUUGGUAUACCCUUUGAUAGCCCCGACAGCCCUCAUAUAGAGGGAUUAGUAAACGGUGGGGUGCCGCUAUCAGGGGAAUCGGCGUUAGUCGACCUUCUACAGCAACGUGAUUUCUAUUUUUACGUUGCUUGUCCGGCACACUUACUUGCGCAGCAAGUGUGCUUAGAUAAUGCUCUACCGUCAAGGUAUCCCUAUGGGCAGGCCCAUACCUGGAAUGAGGCUCUCUAUAAAGAGCAAGCCAAAAACUUAAAGAGCUCAAAGGCGUUUUCGGCAGCGUACAGCUUUGAAAACGAUAAUGACCACCUGGCCGCAAUUACCCAAUCAACAGUACAGGAUUGCUUUUGGUUGGAAUUAGCGGCAAAUCAGAUCGCCGCGAACCAUAAGCCCGGGUUCUUCGCGUCGAUUGGUGGAGUAACUGAAGUUGAUGGUAGCCAAAUUCGCUACCUCAUAUUCCUCCAUGAAGGAAUGAUAAGUCAGUUCAAAGCUGCUUGGCAGCGACUGACCAAGGAAGCACAACUACAAGUUGAAAUUUUCGAAGACUACCACGACGGGACCCCCCUGGUCAAAUGGGAUUGCGAGGUUCUAAGCCACCCGGAAACGGUUGCGGCGCUACGCGGCCAUCCCAUUAAUGGAUCCCAUGAGCUAGUCCUCGCAGUACGCGUACCGCCCCAGAAGGAUAGAAAGGCAUGCGAUAUGAAGGUAUUCUCCAGUUACGCCGAGGCACACGAGGCGCGCGUGAGAGGAGAAGAGAAUUGGAACUGCGUUUCCCUUCGGUUUGGGUCCCAGUUGGACGAUUGCGAGCGCAAAGUCAACUCUAUCUGCAUGUUUAGUCCAGGUUCAGGGGCAUCAAACCCUCGCGCAAUCGGUCUCCUAGAAUCCCAUGAGAUGGGAAAUGAGGCUAGAAUGAAAAAAUUGGUUGAAGUUGAGGACAAGAUGGAUCUCCAUCGUGCGCUAUUACGCGGAAACGGCUUCUUUCAAUGGAUGACUCGCUCUCCAGCUACGGACGUCGUUACUGCCAUGGAAGCCGUCAGCCUACAAAGCCGACCCAAAUUUAGACCUCUUCCCACUGUCAAUUUCCUUGAAACCGGAGAUUCUCAGUUCAUCGAUUCAUUGAUGAUGGAACUCCUACCGGAGGAUCGCAACCGCUUCCGGCGAUAUCUGAGUUGUCGACCGUUAGGCCUUGGCCUCAUCACAGCUGGACCUGGUCACGCAAAGACUACCAUGGCCGCUGUUUCCGCCCUCAUCAUGCAGGCAAAAUUUGGGUAUGUCCUUUGUUCGGGCCCAACAAAUGUUGCGGUCUCCAAUUUCGCUGAGCGCAUCGAGCGUAUUUCUAUAUCAACAUACGCACGCUUGAACGAAGGCAAAUCUCCAGACGACCCCAGCUACAGGCGUCGCAAGCUCGUAGUCCGCGCGUACAAGAACCUGGAUGAGAUAAGUGCGAUGAUCGCUUUACUCCGACGACCCGAUGCUGGUGAUCGCGCAAUCGAAAAUGACAGGUCGCCCUCGGCCUCAAGAUGGCGACUUCAUCUAUCCUUUGCCUACUGGGUCCAUGUCCUCUUGCGUUCCAGAGCAUCAGGCAUCAGACAGCUCGACUCCAGCGACUGUCAAGGGUUACAUGAUCUACGCCUUAAGAUCGACAAGUGCGACAAGAUGCGUGAGCUCCGAGCGGUUGCAACAGGCAAGAUGUCAUGGAACGAGUACGCUAAGCUACGACUGGACACGAAGUCGCACCUCGUUCGCAUAUUUGCAGACUUGAUCGGUCUAGUCGACAUGCUAUGCACGACGCCGGCCAUGACGGCCAAUGUCAGACCCUACUCCCGAUGGAAGGCCGAGAAGGCACAAUGCGUGGCUGUUGAUGAAGCGGCAAAUAUGCACCGCGCCGACCUAUACACCGUAUGGGGAAACACCUUGCUACCUUGCUUCCUCGCUGGCGAUCCUUAUCAACUACCACCAGCGGUGAUGACACAGUCGGAGAAGGACGGCGAAGGCAACCUUAUCAACCGCUUUGCCUCGACCGGAAGAAUCUCAGCACUGGAAUUCCUCCAAGCAUCCGGAAUGCCGGUAUUCCGGAUGAGAGUGCAGCUACGCAUGGCACGCGGUCUAUUCGACACAGUCUCCCGCGCGAUAUACGACAUGCCCGCGCGUUACCACGACUGUUGCGACAUCACGCACGACCGGUUCAAAGCAGGUCGCAUGCUCGAGUCGUACGUCCUAGACAAAUACAAGUCGGUCAUUCCUUCAGAAGAGGGCAAGCUCAGUCCGGUGUUUAUCCAUUGCGACGGUACCAAAGUGUCCAUCGACCCAACCACCGGUUCAAAGAAGAGCGUGGAUCAAGUCACAGUUGCGCUAGACUUCGUAGCCGACCUCGUCAAGGCCACUACAACGAAGACUGAGCAAAUUAUUAUCCUCGCUCCGUACGCUGCCAACGUAGAGCUACUCCGCAAUAUGCUGAAGACCAAAAAAUACGCCUCGCUGUCGGGCAUGGACCAGCCAUCGACCAUUGACGGCUACCAGGGUCAGGAGAAGGAUAUCGUGGUGGUUGUAAUGGGAACGCGUGCUGGAAAGCCGGGACCAGGCUUCACGUCCGAUGAGCGACGCCUGAACGUCCUCCUCACCCGUCAACGAUGUGGAUUGGUAAUUGUUGGAGAUAUUGAUGUGGUAGGGGCAAUGGGUCCUUAUAUGCACGGAGUGAGUGGAUCAGUAUACGGCCGACCAGUGCCAUUCCACCUGCAAGGACCGUUGCGCACGCUGCACAUAGCCCUAUGCAGAAGUGGUCGGGUCGCUAAGGUCAAGGUUAAUGACAAGGCUUUGCCAUCUACGGUUUAAACUGAGAUGACAUGUGUCUGGACAACCAUGAGAUGGUUUGGAUGGUGGUGGAAAAGUGCAUUGCGCACUCAGUACCUACC